ACUAAACACAUGCCCCAUUCAUUUCCACCUCAGCCAAACCGAGCUCGCGCGCUGAAUGUACACAUCAGCGCCCGCGGGUCACGUGAUGUGAUGUGACGUGCGGCCAACAUGGCGACGCAGUGCUGAGAUAGCAGCGUCCAACCGAACCAGCGACAACCUCGGCCCGCUCCUGGCACCCUCACACCCCUGCCAAACCGCAGGGAACGGGCCAGAGAUGACGGCCUGACGGACUACUUUAACACGUCGACCGAGAGAUGAAAGAGCAGGAAGAGCUGGAAACCCAUCGACGGCGUACGCAGACAGAAAGCCUGAGCACCAAGAGCAUGUUUCUGUCUCGGGCGCUGGAGAAAAUCCUCGCGGAUAAGGAGGUGAAGCGGAGCCAACACAGCCAGCUGCGCAAGGCCUGUCAAGUGGCGCUGGAUGAAAUCAAGCAUGAACUGGAAAAGCAGAAGGAUGGCACUGUUGUUCCUCCCAGAGCCAAUUACAUUGAGGCUGACAAGUACGUCCUGCCUUUCGAGCUGGCAUGUCAGUCCAAGUCUCCACGUAUUGUCAGUACGUCUCUCGACUGCUUACAGAAACUUAUUGCGUAUGGGCACAUCACAGGGAACGCCCCUGACAGCGGAGCUCCAGGAAAACGGCUAAUUGACCGGCUGGUGGAGACCAUCUGUAACUGCUUCCAGGGACCCCAGACUGAUGAGGGGGUACAGCUACAGAUCAUUAAGGCUCUGCUGACUGCUGUGACAUCACCACACAUAGAGAUCCACGAGGGAACGAUUCUCCUCACUGUCCGCACCUGCUACAACAUCUACUUGGCCAGCCGCAACCUGAUCAACCAGACCACGGCCAAGGCCACUCUCACACAGAUGCUCAGUGUCAUCUUCACCCGUAUGGAGAACCAGGCGGCUCUGGAAGCUCAGGAAGCAGAGAAGGAAAGACAACGUCUGCAGCUGCGCAAUCCUUCUCCAGUAUCCAGUAACCCUUCACCUGUGGCCCAAAACCCUUCCCCUACUCCUGGUCGGGGGUCUGGAUCGCCAUGGCUCAGACGAGCCUGCUCAGAACAGAACGGACCCCCAUCUCCCUCUCUCAGCCCCCCUGGGGUCCCCUCCACUCCUUCCACCCCCCAGGACUCAUCCUCCAUCAAUGGCCAGCCAGAAGAGUCAAAGUCAGAGGAGGAGUUUGCCACAGAUAAACAGAGCACAAAGGAAAUUGCACACCCAGAUGAAGAGAUUCAGGAGUCAGACCAGACGACUUCAUCAGUGGCAGGAGGGGUUGAGGGAGAGGAGACCCAUCCGCAGCCUGAGACAGAAGCAGGCACUGAGGUUCAGGAAGAGACUGAGCCAGACAGUGGACUGGGAGAUAGCUCUGUGGAAGGAGGCUUAGAUCAACAUUCUGACUCAGAAACCAAAGUGCCACCCCCUGUUGUUCGAGUCGACACACAGCAGAUGAAUGGAAUGGUGGAUGACCGUGGCUCAGAGUCCUCCAUAGACAUUCUGGAUGCAGAAACCAUUCAGGGCAGUCAGACAGCUGCUCGUUUUUCGCACAUCCUUCAGAAAGACGCCUUCCUCGUGUUCCGCUCCCUCUGCAAGCUUUCCAUGAAGCCCCUGGCUGAUGGACCACCCGACCCAAAGUCCCAUGAGUUGCGCUCUAAGGUGGUUUCCCUGCAGCUGUUGCUGUCAGUGCUGCAGGGAGCUGGACCUGUUUUCCGAACCCAUGAGAUGUUUGUGAACGCCAUCAAACAGUACCUGUGUGUGGCACUCUCCAAAAACGGGGUCUCCUCUGUGCCUGCAGUAUUUGAACUGUCUCUUGCCAUCUUCCUUACAUUGCUCUCCCACUUCAAAGUGCACCUUAAGAUGCAAAUUGAGGUGUUCUUCAGGGAGAUCUUUCUAACAAUCUUGGAGACGUCAUCCAGCUCCUUCGAGCACAAGUGGAUGGUCAUUCAGACUCUAACUCGAAUAUGUGCAGAUGCACAAUGUGUGGUGGACAUUUAUGUGAACUAUGACUGUGAUCUCAACGCUGCCAAUAUUUUUGAGCGGCUGGUAAAUGACCUGUCUAAAAUCGCCCAGGGAAGGAGUGGACAGGAGCUCGGCAUGACUCCAUUACAGGAGCUGAGUUUGAGAAAGAAAGGGCUGGAGUGUCUGGUGUCCAUUUUGAAGUGCAUGGUGGAAUGGAGCAGAGACAUGUACGUCAACCCCAACCUGCAGGCCAACCUUGGUCAGGAACGUCCAGCAGAGGGCGACAGUGCAGAUGGGAAGCUCCAUGAGAAUCUUUCCUCUCGCAGAGAUAGUGUGAGCUCUCUGGACUCCACUGUGUCGUCUGGAGUUCAGCAGUCUAAGCUAGAUCACCCCGAGCAGUAUGAGGUCAUCAAGCAGCAGAAAGAGAUCAUCGAGCAUGGCAUUGAGCUGUUUAACAAGAAACCAAAAAGGGGAUUGCAGUACCUGCAGGAGCAAGGCAUGCUGGGCACCACGCCAGAAGACAUCGCACAGUUCCUGCAACAGGAGGAGCGACUGGACACGACUCAGGUUGGCGAGUUCCUGGGAGAGAAUGUUAAGUUUAAUAAAGAAGUGAUGUACUGCUAUGUGGACCGGCUGGACUUUUGUGGCAAAGACUUUGUGUCAGCACUCCGUGCCUUCCUGGAAGGCUUCAGGCUUCCAGGUGAAGCCCAGAAAAUCGAUAGGCUCAUGGAGAAGUUUGCCGCCCGAUACCUGGAGUGCAAUCAGGGGCAGACUCUGUUUGCCAGCGCAGACACGGCCUACGUUCUGGCCUACUCCAUCAUCAUGUUAACCACCGACCUGCACAGUCCACAGGUGAAGAACAAAAUGACAAAGGAGCAGUACAUAAAAAUGAACCGUGGCAUUAAUGACAGUAAGGACCUGCCCGAGGAGUAUCUGUCCUCCAUCUACGACGAAAUUGCAGGAAAGAAGAUUGCUUUGAAGGAGAGCAAAGAAUACUCCAUCACUCCCAAAUCCAGCAAACAGAAUGUAGCCAAUGAGAAGCAGAGAAGGCUGCUGUAUAACAUGGAGAUGGAGCAGAUGGCCAAAACGGCUAAAGCUCUGAUGGAGGCUGUAAGUCACGCUCAGGCUCCCUUCUUCAGUGCUACUCACCUAGAGCACGUCCGGCCCAUGUUCAAGCUGGCCUGGACUCCUCUGUUGGCGGCGUUCAGCGUAGGACUCCAGGAUUGUGACGAUCAGGACGUGGCAUCUCUUUGUCUGGAGGGGAUCCGAUGUGCAAUCAGGAUUGCCUGCAUCUUCAACAUGCAGUUGGAGAGAGAUGCCUACAUCCAGGCCUUGGCCCGGUUUACGCUGCUCACCGCUAGCUCAAGUAUCACAGAGAUGAAGCAGAAGAACAUUGAUACCAUAAAGACUCUCAUCAUGGUCGCCCACACUGACGGAAACUACUUGGGAAACUCCUGGCAUGAGAUUCUGCGGUGUAUCAGUCAGCUGGAGUUGGCCCAGUUGAUUGGGACAGGGGUGAAGACGCGUUAUAUCUCCGGUGUUGUCCGGGACCAGGGAGGCAGCAUAAAGGGCUUCCCAUCAGGGGGAGAGGAAUUCAUGCCCCUCGGCUUAGGUACUCUGGUUGGAGGUCCAGACAAGCGUCAGAUGGCUCAUAUCCAGGAGUCAGUGGGGGAGACCAGCUCUCAGAGUGUUGUGGUGGCUGUGGACAGAAUCUUCACUGGAUCCACCAGGCUUGAUGGAAAUGCAAUUGUGGACUUUGUGCGUUGGCUCUGUGCGGUGUCCAUGGACGAGCUGGCUUCUGCUCACCAGCCGCGCAUGUUUAGUCUGCAGAAGAUAGUGGAGAUCUCCUACUACAACAUGAACCGCAUCCGUUUGCAGUGGUCACGCAUUUGGCAGGUCAUCGGAGAUCACUUCAACAAGGUGGGUUGUAAUCCUAAUGAGGAUGUGGCCAUCUUUGCUGUGGACUCCCUGAGACAACUCUCUAUGAAGUUUCUGGAGAAAGGAGAACUGGCCAAUUUCCGCUUCCAGAAGGACUUUUUAAGGCCAUUUGAACACAUCGUGAAGAAGAAUAGGUCGCCCACUAUCCGGGACAUGGUUAUACGAUGUGUGGCCCAGAUGGUGAACUCCCAGGCUGCUAAUAUUCGCUCUGGCUGGAAGAACAUCUUCUCUGUGUUCCAUCAAGCAGCAUCAGAUCAUGAUGAGAACAUUGUGGACCUCGCGUUUCAAACCACAGGACACAUUGUUAUGAAUACAUUUCAGCAGCAUUUUGCCGCAGCCAUCGACUCUUUUCAGGACGCAGUCAAGUGUUUGUCAGAGUUUGUGUGUAACGCUGCGUUUCCUGACACCAGUAUGGAAGCCAUUCGUCUCAUCCGCCACUGCGCUAAAUACGUGUCUGACAGGCCGCAGGUGAGGGAAUGCACUGACAGUUCAUUAUUUUCCUUUCAUCUUGUCUUUUUAUUGUUUUCAUUUUUUUUUCUCUGUGUUAUUUCCCCUCGAUCGGCUGUCCAGUGAUGAAAGGCGGGCAUGAGUAAAGUCAUGUGAAAACCCUUUGUGCUGGUUCUCUUCUUUAUGUAGGUUGGACAGGUAAUGGAGGGGUCCUGGUCCAGUCAGCUUUUUCUCUUUGUGAUCAGGGCUGCAAUCUGAUUGGGUGAGGGUGAGAUAUGGAAGUGGAUUGUAAAGGUCAUUUUUAACAAGGCUGGUUUAUUGAGUGGUGCAGAGAACAGACUCUGAUUAGCAGACUGGUUUUGUUAGUUGUUUUUUGUAGUUUAGAUGCUUAUUUUAAUUUGUCAAUGUGUCAUUUACAAAAUCAUGUUUUGUUUUGUUCUAGAGCGUGCAUUUUUUUUCUUCCCUUAACGUUUCUUUUUUCUGUCUUGUGAUGUCUUGAUUGCACAAAGAAUCCGGAACUGUGUAGAAAGUAAAAGUCAACUUUGUCAUUUUAUCUAUACAUUUGGAUCUUGAAUCUCUAAGCAUGUGACCUUAGGAAUGAGUACUUUAAGGCACACAACAGUGGCAAUAAAUCUUAAAUGUGUAAUUUAAAAAAAAAACAGUUUUCAAACAAUAUUGCUGUCUUCAUUGUUCGCAUAAACUGAAAAAGC